CGAAAACAAAAAAUCUAAAUUUUGUCAAGUAUCUUAUGAACAAUAACGUUGUCAGUGCAAAUCCGCCAACAAAUCAUUCGCAUCAGAAUUCUCCAAUUACAAAUGGUGGGACUCAGGGUAACGAUGUUUCUCAACAUCAGCAACAUCACGUUUAUUCGCAUAACGUAGGUGGAAUUGGACAACAAGAACAUCAUUCGCAAUAUUCUGUGCCUCACAAUUCGCAUCGUUUUGCGCAUAGAGAUGGACCGGCAACUAUAAACCUUCCACCUGGUACGCGCAUUCAGCCUGCUAUGAUUCCUGAUUCGACUCAAGUUGCAAAUGUUCAACAGCAGCAGGAUUUGGCUGCUGCAAUGUAUGGGAUGUAUCAAAAUGCUAAUAAUCCUCAAACUGGUUUUGCUAUGCAGCAGAGUGCGUAUCCUAAUCAACAAUUAGCAACAUCUGGAGGCCAUUAUUAUUAUACUGCACCUGCUGGUCAAUAUUAUACCAAUACAGCUGGAUAUCCUGUAACUCAACAGACUCUAAUCAUGCCACAGCCUCCGGCGCCUGCUUAUCAAAUUCUGAGUCAACCGGUUAUUCCAUCUAGCACCCAUGCUACGCAGCAGCUUAUUUCUUCGAGUGGAAGUGGUAUUCAACCACAAAAUGUUAAUGUUUCUAUUGGAAUGCCUGCGACUGCUGUUUCUAUGCCACAGAGCAAUGUUAUUGUUUCAAACGCUGGAGGAACUUUGUCCUCAGCUAAUGCUCCAACCACACAAACACAGCCUCAGAAAGCAAAAAGAAUUCUGGCAAUUGUUAAUCCAGAUAGUGGAGAGUCUUUGAAGUUGGGACCGGAUACAAGACCAGCUACUUCUAUUGGUUCAUCAGCGGCCUCCGAUGAGGAAACUAAAUCAACAAUCGUUAAGACUGACUUCUUCAGAAAAAUUGCAGAACGUGCUCAUGAUGCUGGUUCUGUGCCACCACAGCAAGCUAAUCGACGUUCGCCUUCCUCUUCUGCUGGUAUGAUGGCUAAUGAGGCUAUGAACCAAGCAUUGUUAGAACAGCAGCGUCAUUUGCAUACAACUGGUUCAAUUCCAAUUAUUCAGAAAGGGUCGCAAGCAAACACAGCUGGUUUCUCUGAACCAACGCAUUCGCCACAGUUUCCAUACUUGUUGCAUCCUCCAAACUCUGUUAACAGCGUUUCAUCUCCGAUUCCUAUUGAACAGCAUUCAAUGCCAAUAAAUCAUCAACAUUCACCGCAUAAUUUGCCUUCUAUCUUGGAGCUUAAUAUCAAAAAUCCAUCGCCUAAAAAUGAAGAAGACCAACUUAAAUUUGUUCGAACGAGUCCGUCACUUUAUGUUGAUGAACAAAGAGUUCGAUUGCCUGAAUCAGAUGAACAUGGAAAACAUGCUAAUAAAGCAAUAGUAGAUAUUUUUUCUGGACAGGAAGUUGAUGGUGGACAGAGUCCUUCGCCAACUGAAAUUAACGAUGCCAAAACUUCUGAAGAAAAAAUUAACGAAUUAGAAGAGGCGAUGGCAAAGUUUGAUGGAAUUCGUGAUGACACACAUAAUCUUGAUGAAAUGAUUUAUAGCCGUUCUUUCCUCAUGCUUCUUCGAAAAGUCGCACGUGCAAUAAAAACUGUUGAAUGUCCCAGAUCUGAGCAGGAACUUGAGGAGUUGGGGUUAAGCAAGAAAGGGAUGGUUGUUAAUCAGUUAUCGAUUGGAUCGAAACCUAAGCGGUUUGAGGCAGCUGGUGGUGAUUUCAAGCCUUCAUGGCAGCAUCAAGGAGGGGGAGGUAAUGCUCAAUUUGGAGCUACUAAUCAAUUCGGUGGGGGAUCACGGUUCGGUUCUACUCGCCCGCCAAAUUAUGGUUUGCCAAUUUUGCAAAUAAUUAAUUUUUUGGUAAAUUUUAGUUGGCCGUCACAGUGA